AACUUGAAACAGUCAAUGUUUUAUAUUUUUUCAUAUAAUAUAUUUACACAAACAUACAUUCCAUAGACAUUUUGCUUUGUCUCUCAUUUGUCAUCUUCCUUUUGUCAUUCUUUGUUCAGUCGUGCUUUUUCCCUUGUUGCCUAUUGUAAUGUGCCUCUACAUUGAUCCUUCACUUUCUUAAUUUCCUUUUUGUUUUUUCCUUUGUUUUGCAGUCCUUUAUAGACAACUCACUACACCACCUUUUCUCAUGGCUUUUCCUCUCCAAGCAUCUCUCUUAUUCCCUUCUUUUAGCCUCCUAAUAGUCUUUCUCCCAUUUCUCUUUAUCAGCAGAAAAAUGGCAUCAUCACUGGAGGAGCUUCUUGCAGAGGAAGGAUUUAGAGGAAGAAGAUCAGGGAUGACAUCAAGAGCUUCCUUCCGAGCAGAAGCAGCAAUGAAGUCUCGCCUCUCUUCAGAGAAAUCAAGGAGAGACUCUCCAUCAGGUUUUUCAGGCCAUAGAAUUGACUUCGAAAGGAGAAGUUCUGAUGAUCUAGCUAGAUACAUUUUGAAAGGUAAAUUACCAAGAAAUAAUAGUGGUAAUUCAAGUAGGAGACCUAGGGAUAAUCUGGUUUCAAGAGAAAAAAUAAAUGUCAAAGCAAAGAAAGAAAUCAAGGAAAGAAUUUUUUCAAAUGAUAUGCCAAACAAUAAGACUCUUAAUUCAGAAGGUAUCAAAGAAAGUGAAAUAACUGAGAUUGGUGUUAAAGAAGAUGCGAGAGUUAAGGAUAUUUAUUCUGAUAAAGCAUUUAACUCGGAAAGAAGUGAAACGUCAUCUGAAUUAAAUAGGGAAAAGCACAGGCAGAGUUUAAGCUCUAACAAAAAAUUUCCAACGUUUGGGGAUGGAAAUAAGAAAAUCGUGAAAAAGCCUGAAUCAUCAUAUGAUAAUCCUGUCAGAAGUUUCAAGAAUGCCAAGAGUUUUGAAGAUGACCAGAGAGCAAAGCGCGAUGAUUCAUCUCUUUCAAUUUCUACACUUGCCCUUGAUGAAGUUGCUGUCAAAGCCAUGGUCUCCAUCUUAAAUAGUCACAUCAAGCGUUUCCUCAAAGAUGAGGAAUUUCGUAUCACACUUCAUAACAAUUGUUUCUCUUCCCUUAAUUUUUUUGAAAAUGAAGAAGACCAAAAUAUUGAGCAUCAAGUCAUUACAAAUCUUGAACAAGCAAUUGAGGUAGUGGAAAAGGCUACUGAAGGGGCAGCAAGCUCAAAGGAUUUGAAAAAAGCUUCAUUACAGCUAAGCAUGAUUGCAAAUUUUAACUCGAAUAAUUCGGAAAAUGGAUGUAUAUUAGGAAUUUCAGAUUCCAGGUUGUCAGCUUGUGCUCACGUUUACCUAAGUGUGAUAUAUAAGCUACAGAAGAAAGAUAGAGUGUCAGCUAAAUAUCUUUUGCAAGUAUUUUGUGAUUCUCCUUUUUCUGCACGAACACUCCUGUUGCCCGAACUAUGGGAAUAUCUAUUCUUUCCACAUCUUUCACAUUUGAAGGUGUGGUACAAUCAGGAAGCUGAUUCUCUACUGAACACACCGAGCAAGAUAAGGAAGCUUAAGCUUCUUAAUAAAGUUUAUAAUGAAAUUCUAGAUUCUGGUACUUACCAGUUUGCAGUUUACUACAAGGAUUGGCUCACGGAGGGAAUUGAAGCCCCUUCACUUCCUUCUAUACAUAUUCCUACCAUGUCUGUUCAUGAAGUUCAGCCAGCAGAUUCACAGGAUCAUUCUUCAGGUCUAGGUAGGCCUUCUGAUCCUUUCUCACCUCAGCCAAUGGUUAGUAAGAAGCUAUAUGAAGCCGUAUUUUGUCAUUCAACUAAGCCUGGGAUUUAUGAGGCUAAAGAUGACGUGGAGGCAGAUACAUUUGACAAUGGUACAACAACCUCUGAUAGUACUUCUGUUGAAGUCAAACUAGCAUUAACAUACCCUUCUGAAAUUGUUAAAUAUCUGGAUGGAGAAAGAGUAAAAGAUUUCCUUGACAGUGCGACAGAUAACAAAUUCCUUUCUGAUAAUGUGAUAUUAUCAGCAUCAAAGGAGGAACGUAAGUUGGUUGAAGUGAGUGUUUCACCAGAAACUGAUAUGAAUGAUGAAACACGUAAGUCAAAUAGACCGGAAGAACCUGCAGUAGAUGGCCACAUGCUAAAUACAGUUUCAAAUGCAAAAGAAAAUGUGUUAAUCCUAAAGAACUUCGCAAAAUCCAUCUUUGGACUGCAACAGACCGAGGAUUCUCAUGAUCUAACUAUUUCCGCUUUUUCACACUCAAGCGAGGUGCAGCCUAUCAAAGUAUUGGCUACUUAUGAAGAUAAGUUAGAUGGAACUUAUGAAUAUUUUGAUAACGGGUCCUUUCUUGAAAGCGUGCCCCAGGACUUCAUUUGCCCUCUCACUGGAAAACUUUUUGACAAUCCGGUGACCCUUGAGACCGGACAAACCUUUGAGAAAGAAGCUAUCAAGGAAUGGUUUAAUCAGGGAAAUAGAACAUGUCCUGUAACAGGAAAAACAUUAGAAUGUGCAACUGUGCCAUUCAGCAAUUUUAUUUUGAAGCGUGUUAUUGACAGUUGGAAAUUGGAGCAUUGCAGCCAUCUAUUGGCUGUUGCCUCUCAAGUACUUAGCAAUUCAGUGAAACAUGAAUCAAUGGCAAGGUAUGAAACAACAAUAUUUAUAUUAGAGCAGCUUCUUACUACAUUCAGUAGGGAGGAAAGAGUAGCAAAUGCCAAACACUUUGUCUCUCUUGGAGGCUUGGAAUUUCUUAUUGGAAGGAUUAACUCUGGAGAUUUGGAAGAGAAAACGCGGGUGGCUGCUCUCAUAUCCUGUUGUAUUGAAGCAGAUGCAAGUUGCAGAAACCAGAUAGCUAGAAAAGUUGACAAACGGUGUCUUUUUGAGCUACUCCACAGCAAGCAGCCCAAAUAUAGAAGAAAUGCUGUGUUUCUACUGACUGAAUUGCUCUGUCUAAGCAGGAGGAAGGAUGUUAAAUUAUUUUUAACUGGGUUAGAGAACGAGGAGAUAAGGAAUACAAUGCGCAUCUUGCUUAUAUAUCUACAAAAUUGUCAACCAGAGGAAAGGCCUUGGGUUUCUAUGCUACUUUUGCACUUAGAUCUUCUGAUUGAACCUCAGGAGUACAGUAUAUACAAGGAAGAAGCUGUUGAUGCCAUUGCAAUGGCUCUAGAAGACAGUCUAACUGAUGAGAAGAUCCGAGAAAAUUCUUGCAGAGCCCUACUUGCCUUGGGAGGAAGAUUUUCAGCUUCCGGGAAGUCAUUGACAGAAAGUUGGAUACUAAACCAAGCAGGGUUUAACAAUAAUUAUGAAACAGAUUCUGAAGAAGAUGAUUUAUUACUUGAUGACUCUUUUGCAAUGAAAGAUGAAGAGGAGACCAUCAACGAGUGGCUAAAGAACUUGUCAACAUCACUAAUUGGCAAUGGAAAGAGAUCAUUCUUAGUGACCAUGUCAAAAUGCUUAGCUGCUGGAAACUUGGAUUUAGUGAAGACAUGCCUAACCACAAUUGCAUGGUUAAGCUCUGCACUAUCUGAUGCAGAAUACCACAUUUCUGCAUUCUCUGCCCUCAUCUCUAGGCUUAAAGAGAACUUGGAAAAUGGUGAAAGGAUUGAGCACAAGGUCCUUGCUUCAAUGUCACUACUAAAUUUCAAAUGCAGGGUUUUGUUAAUGACAAUAGCAGAAGAGAUAGUAAUUCCAUUACGAAGGCUUGUUGAGGUAACAUGGACUGCCAAAAAAUUAUAUGCCAUCAUUUCUGGAGAAUAUCUUUAGUUUUUGUAAUUUAAUUUACCAUUUCUUUUUAAUUACAAAAUGUUUAGAUUGGACUUUCAGAUUACUUAGCUUUAUCAUAUUAUAUAUAUCUCAAGAACUAACAGUAGGCUCCAUAAUUAUGGGUUUGUUUUCCUGCACUAUAUACUAACACUGUAUACAUCAUUCAAUGUGAAAAAAAAGUUGAAAUUUUUCUGAUUU